AUGACUCAUGAUCUUAUCAACUUUGACGACGACAGCGUCUCUCUCGAGGGCACCGCCAACGCUCUCAUCGGCAAGAUGGCGCUCACUGAUAAGCGCGCGAAGCCACCUCACCGGGAUAGCUUCUCAGAUCUUGCAAAUCUAAUGAGAGCUAAGAAGCUGUACACCCCUCUACCGACGCCUGCGCCACCCUCGCCGUCGCUCAACGUCGCGCCCAAUGGCCCUCAUAUCUCCAGCCGUAUCCAGCCUGGCUCCAGUAUCCUUUCUCCGUUGGCGCGGUCAUUCCAACCCCCCGAAUCUGUCGCUUCAUUUCUCCAGGAGCAAGAGCUGGCGGCACUAGCACCGGCACUUGUCACUUCCGAGCCCAUCCCAGAGUACCGUACAGAGAAUAUGAGGAUCUUCGAGAACAUGACUCAGGCGAUUAUCAACUACAACAGCGACGACGAUAGCGAAUGCGAUCAUCGUCGUUGUAAGCGUUCCCCAUCGCCACCGUAUAGGGAGCCACUCCUAAUCUCAGGCCUCGAGCUACCUGCCGGUAUAGGACCCAUUCAACCACCAACCCCCACUGAGUCCCUCCAUACAUCACCAAGCGGCUUUCGAUCCGACCAAGAAGCAGUUGUACGAGUGACUAAGCAGACCUGGGAUGCCUUGGGCAAGGAGCUGAACACCACUAUGCAGCAGAAAUUGGAGCUAGAGAACCAGUUGUCGAUUCUCGAAAUAAAUAAUGCAGCUCUUCGGGACGUUGAAUAUGACAUCGGCGUACGGCUAGGCAAGCUCAGGUACCAGAACGAAGCUAACAAGGCUCAAAAGGCAGCAAUGGGUCGGUCUUUGUCUGAGAAGGAGGUGGAGAUCAAGACGCAGCAGCUUGAGAUUGACGAGCUGGUCGGACGGAUCAAGACGAAGCAGAUCGAGGUUGACAGGGCGGUCAGACAGCUGGCAGGAGCAAAGGCUAAAUUUGAGGAGUUGAACCUUGACACUAGCUCCGGCGACCUCACCUAUCUCCGCAACAUGAAACAUGAUCGCGCUCUUUCUGACCUGGCUGCAACUAAAGACCGCGAACUGGAAGACCUCAAGCAGAAGAUCAAGGAGAAUGACUGUACCAUCGAAAAAUUGACAAGCGAGCGAGACAAGGUAUUCCGCGCCCAGGCAAACUCGGAUGAUCAUUUCAACCGAGCCCGUGACCUAGCCGACGCCCUAGCGCAGCGCGAAAAGCUUGUAACCGGUCUACGCCACCAGCUGGUGGUAGAACAGCUCAAAGUCACCGAAUUAGAGGACGAUCUUGAGGUCAUCAAGGCAAAGAACAACCAGCCAGACAUUGACGACAUUAAGAGCAAGCUCCGUGAGAAGACCAGUGUUUGCGAUCGCCAGCGGAACGAACUCAAAAUGGUCAAGGCGCAACUCAGUCAAAGCCAAAGCCGUUUGAUGAAGAUCACCAACCAUGGCGAGUCUCUUCAUGGUGCUGCGCAUGUAGUCAAGCCUGCCGAGACCAGCAAGCUUCCGAAGUUGGUGAUCUCUUGCGUCGAGUGCUACAACAAGAACUUGCCGUGUGAUAACGGUGCUAAGUGCCGCAACUGCAUAGAGAACAACACCCCUUGCGCGCGCUGGAGGUGCUCUCUAAAGCACAAGUACGGCGAUUGUCCUCUCACACCCUGCCCGCUCUCACACGACUCUCAAGGCUGGCUCGUGCUGCGAGCAGAGCGUCCCGAGUGGUAG